CUCCAUCUCCCGCCUCCUCCCCCCUCCUCUUCCUCAGUGGACGAACACGCUACCUACGGUCCACGCCUCCCUGUCUCGUCUCCUGCUGUACCUCCUCAUCAGGAACUCUCUGCAGCCUCUCGGCGCUUAUUGAGCGGUGAUUGAAAUCAGGCCUAUUGUGCGGCCAAUGAGAGGAGGCUUCUGAAGUGAAUCGCCGCUCACACUUCGGUCAACCUUUUUUUUGUUAUUAUUAUUAUUUGGACCCUCCGCCGAGCUCCUUGAAUCUCACCUCUCUGCCUGGCCAGAACAUUGUGUCCUUUUUGUGGGGAAAAUGACUGCCAAGCACCGGAAAGGGAAAAGCAACCACAAGCAUGAAGAUAACUUUUUCAAAAAUGAAGUUCUGGAGUCUGAAGUUCGCGCUGGAACGAAUAAUUACACUCUCCUCUUGGUUUUAUUUGUCUUGGUUGUAAUAGGCGGUGCCACUGGCGCGUGGUUCUGUUUCCAGCAGCACCAAACCAUAACCUACUUAACAGACAAUCUCAUGGGCAUGCAGGUGAAAAUUGUGAAACUGCAGUCCUCCCACGAAGAAAUGCGACAGUCAAGUAGUAAGCACAGUUCAGAGAGUAUGGAGACCCGUCUGAGUGCCUUGGAGGAGUCCUACGCCCUGGCUCAGAAACAGGUGGGCAUCGCCUUGGCUACAGCAGAGCAGCUCAGGACCUCUGACCUCCCCGCUCAGGUGCUGUCGCUCCACACGGAGAUGAAAGCCCGCCUGGCAGAGAUGCAGCAGGCCACCGUGUCCCUGGAACAACUGAGCCACCUGCAGACCAUGCUGAAGGGGAAGAGCGAGGAGUUUGAGGGUGUGAAGAUUCAGGUGGAAGGCCUGGCCACACUGAGCGCUGAGCUGUCCCACAAAGUUGAGGGUUUGACAGAGAGUUUGGGAGAAGCUGAGUCAAAGCUGGAGGAGCGAGUUGGACAGGUUGCCACGCUGAGCGCCACCCUGGAGGCACAGGUGGCUGAGGUGCUCCGGAUGAAGGAGCAGCUGGACACCUAUCAGGUUCAGCUUGAGGCCAGCACAUUGGAGAUUGCUACUGUCAGAGAGUUGGCUGAGAGUGAACAGUCGAAGCGGCUCCAGCAGGCCAGCGUGGAGGAGGAGCUCAGCGUUCUACGUCAGAGUCUGCAGGAUCAGACCUCAGCAGCCCGCAGUCUGACCUCUGGACUGCAGGCUCAGCUGGAGGACAUACAAAAGCAGGUUACCCAGCUGGUGGGAGAAUCUCAACCAGCAGCUGAGCCCGAGGAACAGAAAGAGGAAGAGACAGCUUCAGCAACUGAAGGAGAAGAAGAGGCACUUCCUGCAGAUGUAGAAACGGAGGCAUCCAACCUAGUAGAAGAUACAGAGGAAGAUGGAGGAGAAACGAGUGAAGGACAGGCAGCUGCACAGGAUGAAGCUCCUGUUGUGGAGGAGGGCUCUGUGGCAGAUGAACCUGCUCCUGCAGAGGAGGUCGAGACGGUAGAGGAGGAUCAGACAGAGCAAGACCAGUUGGUUGCCUUAUCAGAAAACGAGGAAGAGGAUACGACAGAGACUGCAGAAGGGGUACAAAGCGUGGAAGAGGAAGUGUCUGAAGAGGAGGCACCUGAUGGAGAGGACGUUCGGGAGCCAGAGUCAACACUGGAGGACGAGAAACUCAAGGCAGAGGAGGAACUGUCAGAAGGGGAUGAAGAACAGCAGGAUGUCACAGCUGAAGAGGAGGCGGAUAAUGAAGGAGAGGAGCCAUUAGAAAAUGAUGCUUUAACAGGAGAUGAAUAGCGCUUGGAUUUUAUUCCCCACAUCUGCCAAGGAGAAUGAGAGCUUUCUCAGUCUGAAGUCACAGUCUGCAAUAUGACAAAUACUGUAGGAAGGCAUUAUUGAUUGCUGUUGUUUAGGUGCAGUACUCAUUAUGUGGCUGCUCUUUUGAAAGGCAGACCUAGUCAGAAGAAGUCAGUCACUAUGCUGGAGUUAGGCUGAAUUCUGUACCUCAAAAUAUCAGACUGCUGUUUAAGUUAGGAAAUUAGUUAUUCAGGGUUAAACCUGCCAAGAAAAACCUCAAAAGCCUUAAUCCCCCCCAAAAAAGAGCGACUGUUUUUACAGAGCAUUUUCCACUCUUCAUAAACUCACACUUUCUUCUUCUUUCUUUUUCUUUUUUAUAAAGCUCUCUGUGCUAAACAGGAAAAGUCAAAGACAGUGACAUGAGAAGAAGCCAGUGCUGUUUUAUCAGUGCACUUAAAGCCAUAAGUAAUGUCUGUUUUGGUGACAUUAAAAUGUUUCUUUUCUGUCUCUGCCUGAAA